GGGUCGGAAGCGCUGCGUGGGGGAGACUGUUCCAAGAUGGCGGCGGGCUGCUGCGGGGUGAAGAAGCAGAAACUGUCCAGUUCGCCCCCCUCUGGCUCGGGUGGCGGUGGUGGCGCCUCCUCCUCCUCCCACUGCAGCGGAGAGAGCCAGUGCCGAGCUGGCGAGCUGGGACUAGGAGGCGCCGGUACGCGGCUCAACGGGUUGGGAGGGCUCAGCGGAGGAGGUAGCGGCAGCGGCUGUACCCUCUCUCCCCCCCAGGGCUGCGGCGGUGGCGGCGGGGGGAUUUCCCUGUCGCCACCUCCGAGCUGCGGAGUGGGGACCCUACUUUCCACCCCAGCCGCGUCCAUCUCUUCCUCGCCCUCCUUGUCGUCCGGCGUCUCGUCCUCAUCGCCCGGCUCCCGGAAGAUGGUGGUGUCAGCGGAGAUGUGCUGCUUUUGCUUCGAUGUGCUCUACUGUCACCUGUACGGAUACCAGCAGCCCCGGACCCCUCGGUUCACCAACGAACCCUACCCACUGUUUGUAACAUGGAAGAUUGGUCGAGACAAAAGACUGCGUGGAUGCAUAGGUACUUUUUCUGCCAUGAAUUUGCAUUCAGGACUCAGGGAGUACACACUUACCAGUGCCCUUAAAGAUAGCCGUUUUCCCCCAAUGACAAGGGAUGAGCUGCCACGGCUCUUCUGCUCAGUUUCUCUGCUCACUAACUUUGAAGAUGUCUGUGAUUAUUUGGACUGGGAGGUGGGUGUACAUGGCAUUAGAAUAGAAUUCAUCAAUGAAAAAGGAUCAAAACGCACCGCCACCUACCUACCGGAGGUUGCAAAGGAGCAAGGAUGGGACCAUAUUCAGACCAUAGACUCUUUACUGAGGAAAGGAGGAUACAAAGCUCCAAUUACUAAUGAAUUCAGGAAAACCAUAAAACUGACCAGGUACCGUAGUGAAAAGAUGACCCUGAGCUAUGCUGAAUACCUUGCUCAUCGCCAGCAUCAUCAUUUCCAAAAUGGCAUUGGGCAUCCCCUUCCACCAUACAACCAUUAUUCCUGACACUGAGCCGCACAACCAGUCACUGGGCCUCUCUGCAGACCUCUUCCCAGGAGACCCUACCCCUUCUUAUUCUAGCUAUCUCUUUUACUGUACCAUCUUAUGAUGAUAGUUUCCGUUGCCAUGGUGAAUCUUCGACAUCGUCAAGUAAGAUCAUCAUGGUAACGGGUAGGAAAAUGAAAUUUGUUAAGAAGAUCCUGUUUUAAUAUUUCAGAUCAUCGAGAUUUUAUAUAUAUACACACAUACACACACACACGUAUGUAUAUGUGUGUGUGUGUGUGUACACACACACACACACACACACACAUAACUUUGGGGAUUUUCUUUCCUUACAAUAUUAUAUAGAAUUUCACUUUGCUGUCUCAAUCAGGUUUCUAUUUUUCUGUCCAUCUUGUCUUACAUUCCUGUUUUUCUUCCGUUCGUUCGUUCUUUCUUUCUCCCUUCCUUCCUUCUUUUGACUGUGGAUGGAAGAAAUUCUGCAGUUUUUAAAUAUUUUAUUUAGGUUUUUCUUUAGUUUUCCUCAGAAGGAUAAUUUUUCAUAGCUAAGUUUGGGAGUGAUUCAUAUGAAAUUCAGGUAUUUGUGUAUUAUUCUUGAAUUCGUCUGAAAUUCAUUUUGCUAUGAGAGCUUAGUAUGUGGGUCUUUUCUCCUUAAGUAUAUGUUUUCCCCAUGGUCAGAAUAUGCAAACUUUAAUUUUACUAUAGAUCAUUUGAAGGUCCGUGAUAGGGCUUGUCACAGAGAGUGAGAAAUCAUUUGUGCCUAUUGUGCUGAUUAUCACAAGAGAGACUGCCUCAUCACUUUAUAGAACCAAUUUACAAACUAAAACACUGUUUUAAGAAAGUACAAGCUACCUUGCAAAUAUGCUAUAGAAAUCAUUUUGAAAAGCAGCGCGUAUCGGGAAGAGAGCAGAUACAGAAUUUAGUGCCUUUGAGAUGAAUAUAAUUAAGUGGAAUUAAGAGGGGUUAGAAAAAAGGCAAUUUAUAGAAAUAUUCUUGUAAAAUUAUAUUGUUCUAUAUGUGAAACAACAGAUUAGACAAAUUCCUUACACUUAAGUAUUUUUUUAAGCUGAAAAAAUUAUUUUGAGCAAAUAACCAAAAAGAGACAUUUGUUUAUUAUGUAUUAAUUUAAAUUUGUUAGCUUUAGGUUUCAAUGAGUCAUGAUUGGCCAGAGACAAUUUUAGCUACCAUUUAAAGAAAUGGUAAAGGUAAUCUAGUGAAACAAAAGUUCACAUGUGCCAUAAUUUCAGAUGUUUGCCAUCAGGACAAUACUAGAGUUUUAGAAGUACUAUAAUAUAGCUUGAAUCUCUUUCUGCACUACAUACUUUUGAUAGAAACACAUGUACGAUGUUGAUGUUAUGUUAUACCUGUAAAAAUGGAGUUGGCAUUUGGAUAUGAUAUAGUUGUUAGAGCUGAGCUCAUUUGCAGUGCUAGUCUUCCCAGGAUGCAUAAAGAGAACUUCCUCAUGUCACUAGGAGGUCCGUAUGUAUAUCCCCUGGAAAAAUGACAGGAUUCUGGAGAAAGAUUACUCUUCAUCUUAUGGUAGUAAGUGUGUGUGUGUGUGUGUGUGUGUGUGUGUGUGUGUGUGUGUGUGUGUGUAAUUUUUUCAAAAAGGAAACCAAUAUAUCAAGUGAUAAAUAUAAGUAUGGUGCAGAAUAGUCUAAAAGUAUGAGAUGUCACUGAAUAUCAAAAUGGUAUAGCUUAUACAUAUAGUUGCUGUGACAAGUGACAAUUCAGAAUUUGAAAACCCUUUUUUAGUUUGUGAGAUAAUUGGCUGAAUUCCUUCUGCUUGCCAUUGUGGCAAAGCAAACUGCUUUAAUUUUUAAUGAGAGUUCUUAGAAGUUUGUUGAUAUUCCUUCAUCCACAGCAUCUGUUGAAAUAACCAUUUUCAGUUGUGAUGCCUUAACUAAGAAGCCAAUUGUUAGCCUGAAAUGCGAUCUCUGUAGCCAGUUCCAUUGAACCUGGAGAUUAGUCAGAGAAUGCUAGCUGUUGGGUUCUAGAAAGGGAUUUUGAGUCCUUUCAUUUCUACUUGGGAACAUUUUGGAGCAGAUAGUCUUUCAGUAUAAAAACAAGUGGCUACCUGAAGGAAACUUUUUCUUGCCCUUAUAGGGAAACUGAGCACAAGCUGAAUGAUAUGUCUGCUGCAAAAAAAAAAAAAAAAAGGAAAAAAAAAAAGUAAAUAAAUCAAACUGAAGAGAGACAAAAUAGACCAAUGUUGAUCCAUCUUAUCCAUCAUCUCAUCAGUUCAACAGGCUCCUCAUCCUGGGCGAGCUCAUGGUUAAAAGUUUUUUUUAAAGAUCUAUUACAUACAUAUGUGUGUGUGUAGACAUAUACUUACACGUACAUACAUACAUAUGUGUGUUUAUGUAUUUAAUGGUGCUAAUCAAGCUUGAGCAGGUCACGUGACUGGUCAUGCGGACUCUAAAAUCAUAUCAGAUUUUUUAAAUUUCUUGAUAUAUGCAGAUGUUAUAUAGGUUUUCUUACCAGUAUGAUAAUGUUAUACUGAAAAAAAUAACCAUCCUGCAGGCUUCAGAGGACGAGGUCAGCAAUAUUUCCCACCAUGGCUUGGGGGAAAAGGAUAGUUUUGUCUCCUUUUAUAUUCAGAUUAAUGCACAGUCCAUUUUUGUCUCUAAGUAGCUGUUGACUAAAAGACUUUGUAGUGUAAAGGGUGUUAUACAAACUGUAAUGGUGUGCUUCAAACAAACAAAUGCUAGACCCUUUCACCUUUGUCAUGUAUUACAAAUUUGUUAAAUAUGUGGUUUGAAUUAACUUUAAACAUGUUGAAAUAUGUAGCAUGUGUUUUUAACUCCGACAAAGAUUUUAAUUGCACAGGUUGUGUUCUAGCCAGUUGUGGUUUAUUUGUUCAGAAACACAAAUGUGAAUUGCACUCAUCACCAGAAUAUUGUAUAAGUUCGAUGAUCUUUAAAUAGCUCAGAAGUAAUACUUGAACUUCAUUUGAGUAGCACAAAGUUUACAUAGCCCCCCGUUUAAAUGUUAAUUAGUUCCAUUUGUGUUUUCCUUUUUCAAAUGCAACUGGGUAAUUUUCCUCUUGGAAAAUAGUACGUAUUUUACUUUGGUAUGUAGCAAAAGGCUUCCAUUUCUGGAAGAAUUUUCUUGUUCUUAAAGUCAGCCAGGUACCAGAUUCUAAAAAGACAUUCGCCCCCGACCCCCUUCAUCAAGUGGCCUUCUGACUGCACGAGAAUGUGCUACUACCCUUUCCAGUCUCCCCUACCGUGAGAGGUCGGUGUCAUUGAUGCAGGAAGUGCUAGAUUUGCUCUUUUUCCCCCACUCCACUUGAAGCCAUUAUAAGAUUUUCAGUCCAGUGCAUACAGUCCCAAUGCCCAGCACACCGGAUGUUUGUAUACUGGCCUCUUUUCAUGUCUUCAAAUGUGCAGGAAAUUUGAAACUGUCAUCUGGAAUAGGUUCCAUCUCUUACGUGUGUUAGAUCAAAACCAAAGAAGCCCCCAGCCAUGUCCAAAUGCUGCUCCAAAAGCCUGCUUUCCAGUCCUUACAAAAACCCUGCAGGAUUAAAUAUGUUAACUUUUUUAUUUUUGUACAGUUUCUAAGUGAUUUUUGCUAGUGAUGUUAAAUUGAAUUAAGUUUAUUUGAGGGGUGUGAGCAACUCCUCCAUUUAAAUAAACUGGUGACUUUCCUUUUAUUUUUUAAAAGCAGAAACCCGUUGCGUGCCUCUCGAUUUAAGGAUUUCUGAUUACAUUAUUCUUAAGACCAGCAUUGAUCCUUUAUAUACAAAGAUAUGUUUUCCUUGUUUUUUAUUACUGUUUCAGAAGAAAAUAAACCUUUUAUUUUGCUCUGGACCCAGUAACUGCGCUGGUACAUAGACGCACUGAGAAAACACUUUUGUAACCACCUCUGACUGUUUUUGUACAUCAAAGUUGAUUACUUUUGAAAUAUUUGGAUCUAGUUUCUAAGUUAUUUUAGUGUUUUAUAUGUUCCCCGAAAUCACUUUAAAUCGGUCACCAGCAUAAUGAAUUUUUGGUGAUGCCAUGGUGAGACUUGUAAUGAGCAAAAGCUACCUGGAGUAGCUUUUCUUUUCCUUCUUUCUUAGGAACCUGUUUUUUGAUUACAGUAAGACAUCACAGAUUACCUGAAAUCCCUUCAGGUAGAACUAGAUCCUCCUUCCUUCCACAUUUAAUUGCUUAAUAGUUUGAGGAAACUCUUGGAAAUGGGCAUUUUAUAUGACACGUAUGGCUUUAAAAUAAAUAUUAAAAAUGCAAAAAGAAAAAUGAGAAGAUUUAUGUGGGUCUGUAAGGUAUGGCUGUGGAAAGAUAUUGUAGUAGUUUUGACACUAUUGUUAUUACCUUUAAAAUCAUUUACCCAAUAAAAUGUUAAAACCGA